AAAUGAAAGGAGAAGCUAAAAUGAGGCAUGCGGAUACCACAAAUAAAUAGCAUAUGCAUGAACUCCUUUUGAGUCCGUACCUAACGGAGAGCACUCCAAAUUAAGUUUCUAUGGCUCUUCCUAACAUGAUUGCCUCCCUGCCUUUUGUUGUUCUCCUACUGCUCCCUCUUCUACUCCUCACAAGAAGAAAGGGGAGCAGCACAUCACUAAAACUUCCCCCGGCCCCUCCCAAGCUCCCAUUCAUCGGCAACCUCCAUCAGCUUGGAAUACUCCCCCACCGCUCCCUCUCUCGGCUCUCGCAGCGAUACGGCCCCCUCAUGUACCUAAAACUUGGCUGCAGGCCGACCGUCGUGGUGUCCUCUGCCGACAUGGCCCGGGAGAUCCUAAAGACGCACGAUCUGGAGUCCUGCAGCCGACCGUCCCUCACCUCGUAUACGAAGCUCUCCUACGGUGGCUCGGACAUCGGCCUUGCAGCAUACGGAGAGCAGUGGAGAGAGCUCCGAAGGAUUUGUAUCAUCGAACUUUUCAGUGCCAAGAAGGUCGCCUCGUUUCGAUCCAUUCGAGAAGAAGAGGUGGAAAGAACUAUGAGCUUCAUAUCCGACUGCUCAACCAGUUAUCUCCCUGUCGAUUUGAGCAAAGAACUGCUAGCGCUUACGAGCACUAUCACUUGUAGAAUGGCUUUUGGAAGGAGCUACCAUGAUGUUGGAAGCAGGUUUCAGGCAAUUCUGAACGAAACACAAACUAUACUCGCAAGCCUUUUCAUCGCGGACUACUUGCCGAUCAUCGGAUGGGCCGAUUGGCUCACAGGGAUGAGAGCGAGGCUCGAGAAGAACUUUAUCGAUCUUGAUCGGUUCUACCAGAAAGUCAUUGACGAGCAUCUCGAUACAAUGCGGCAGCAACGUGACUCUAGCGAAGACUUUGUGCAUAUGUUACUGCGCAUGCAAAAGAACGAGAAUAGUCUAACCACAGACCAGAUCAAAGGAGUCCUUAUGAAUGUUUUCAUUGGUGGGAGCGAUACGUCCUCAGCCACCGUGGAGUGGGCGAUGACGGAGCUAAUGAGGCACCCGCAAGCGAUGAAAAAAGCUCAAGAAGAGGUAAGAAGCCUCGUCGGGGGGAAAGGGAAGGUAGAGGAGAAGGACAUCGACCAACUGCGCUACCUCAAGUGCGUUGUGAAGGAGACCUUGCGGUUGCACCCGGUGGCUCCCAUGCUGAUCCCAAGAACAACGUUGCAGCAUUUCAAAAUCGAUGGCUAUGAUGUCCCGCCCAAUACGAUGAUGUACAUCAAUGCUUGGGCGAUCGGAAGGGACGGGAGCUACUGGGAAUGGCCGGAGUCGUUCAAGCCGGAGAGGUUCAUUAAUAGCUCGGAUCUCGAGUUCGCAGGUAAGGACUACAAUUUGAUACCAUUUGGGGAAGGUCGCAGGAUCUGUCCAGGAAAGAACCUCGGGAUAAAAACGGUGGAGAUCAUGCUUGCCAACCUUCUUUACUCCUUCGACUGGGAACUUCCAACGGGUAUGACGAAGGAGGAUAUCAACAUGGAUGAGGCGCCGGGCAUUGCUGUGCACAAAAGACAUGCUCUCCACCUUCUCGCCACCAGACAUAUAUAGCGGCAUCUAUAGCUAGUUAGCUACUAUACUAUAGAUAAUAUAAAAUUAGUAUUUACAAUAAAUAUUUUAGCCCUUGGAUGUCUAGAGUUGUCUAUUUGGGAGUUCUAUUAGUAUGGAUCUAAGAGCCAAAAGAUCUGUAAGAAUAACUAUUUCUCUACUAUAUAUCUAAAAUAUAGUAGCUUAACCGAGUGUGUGUAUAUAUAUAAUGCCUCUCACUGAGAUGUACUCUUAUUUAUCUAUCAUUGUACAUCUAUCUAUCAUUUUUCUAUCUACCUAUAUCAAUUACGUAUCUUACUAGCUAUCUUAA